AUGCACUUCGCCAUCCUUUCGAAAGCUCGUUCGACAUGCUGUUUGGCUUGGUGCGCUGGUUUAGUUUCGGCUCCAGAUCCAACGAAGUUCAUUUCCGCUUGGUGGGAUGACAGCCCGUUGGAGGAAGUAACGCUGCCUUCGGCACACGAGCUUUUGGCCGCCUUCUCGCGCGAUCCUGCUCUGCAAAUUCAUCAGCCUCGAUGGGGACGGCAUCGCCUACAAACCACAACGCUCCCGGUCUUGCGACCGCAAUCGCCAGCAAGCCGGCCAUCGCUGGGCCGCGAUUUGAUUGCAAAUCCUGCUUCCUUCCAGGACGUUUCACUGGCCCCAGCACCAAUCCCAAAGGCCCCUAAAGACGACCGGAUAGAAGCUUAUAUAUCCGGCCCUAAGCCAAUCUUCAGUCCUUAUCCCGACGAAUCAUGCGCUCCAGGUGUGACUAGCACUCCCACCGAUGCGCGUUCCACAGGCAGCUACAAUGAAAUUGAGUGGGAUAGCUUUGUCACUCAGAAAACAGGCAUCCCCAUCGACAGAUCCAUCAUGGAAAUAACUCAGAAUGUGUCCAGUGAUGAAAAUGCACACUAUACAGUCGGCCAAUCUUGGGUUCAGUUUGCCUUGAAUCAGCUUGAUCUAGUACCAAAGGCUGCCCCAUUCGCUGAAUCGAAAGCUUCAUCCAAUCCCAAUCCCAACACUACGCCCGCUCAAUCACACACUCGAGCCUUCACUAGCACUUCCACCUCGAAGGAAAUCAAUCAGGACUACACUAGGGGUCGGACUCAAACAUCCAUGGAAUUUGACAACCCAAUCAUCAAAACACCUGAUGAGAAUGUAUCCGGUGACGACCAUCAGCACCAUCAGGAACCAACGCAAGUUUCUCGUAUAAUUCGGUUGAACCGGCCAUUGGACAUCACCAGUAAUAGAUCACUCAUAAGCAAAUUGAAGAGAGAAAGGGCCGCCCGCAAACGCGCAACGCGACAGAUAAUCAAGGAGCAACCUCACGUUCGGCGUCUUCUUCUCAAGCAAUACGAUGACCAAUUUUAUGGUACCGUCAUCACAAAGGAGUUUGUUUCCCAAGGGAAUACUCCAAAGUAUCACCACUCCGACUUGCCUCUCGCAAUUGCUCACCCACAAAGUUCGGGUCCUGGUUACGUCAUAAGAAUCGCCUUAGCUUCAAAUCGAGACUUCGUACAGUCACCUGAUCUUUUGGCUUCUCACUACAAGCAUUUAAUCAAAUGUAUCUACGAUGUUCACGAAGAGCGCUUGAACACGUUAGAUAUCCCGAUAUACGUUCACAGAAUACAGCAUCAAAAAUUGUUUGAAUGGCUCUACCAAGAGAUGUUUGACAACCGUGUUCCUCUCAUCGGGAGGAAGAUGAUAUCAGUGCCAGAAUGGAGAAAGGAUGAUAUAGUCGAAGGCACCCAGUUAGAAUUAUUAACUUACUUAUCUCAGGGAGAAAAUGACUAUCAGAGUACACUAUCCACGGCAAUUCUCCUGUUACAAAGCUUCAUAGAUAGGCAACAGGGUAACUCAGUCACAAGUAGGAAAUUAAGAGUUGCUCAUGAUCCCCUGAUCCCACCGGUGUUGGUACUUUUCAAAGAUAAUUAUGACGACACAGUAUUGACGAAUCAUUAUCUGAGCGUUCAUCCAAGAAUACCGAUCGCAGUAUACUUCCUGAAGGAUGAGUCGAAUUCCGGACGGAUGCGAGUGAUCACAAAACCGGAAACCAAAAUCGUGAAAAAGAAUAAAGCAACUCCCUUAUUUACCAAAUUGGUUGCAGCGGUCACUUACGUCCACCUUGAACUCCAACGUCCCAAAGCACGCAUAGAAGAUACGCAUCAAAUCAGAAGUGCAAUAUUUCAAUGGCUAAUCACGGUUAUUUUCAGGCCAAAUCAAGGUUUUCCUAUAUUUGGCAGCAUAGACAUAAACCCGGGCUUAGCUCCAUGGGAAGAUCCGAGCCAUAGAAAUAAAACGAUAUUCACUCCGGUCCAAUUAAAAUUGAUCCAAUACUUUUCUCAACCGCUCAAUAGUCUGACUUUACGAGAGACCGCAGCCUUUAUUAUCACGGCUUGGUAUUAUGAGCAUAAUGACAAUGAUUUUUGCUUUGGGGCAAAAGUGCCGUUGGUGAAUCAAAGGACAUUUCAAACCUGA